GCGCCGGGCUUCCCGCAGCCCAAGGGAGAGCACCAUGGAGACGCCGGUGGUAUUUUUGCUUUGCCUCUCGGUUUUCCCAGGCAUUUCCCAAGGCAGGGUUGUCAGAGAGGAGGAAACUGGGUUUGCGGAAUGUAACGUGUUCUUCUCCGGACGAGUCCCACCAGAAGGAUUUUCCGAGCCCUUCCACGUGAAAAUCUGUCAGCAGUACAACAAAGAGCCCCGGUUUGCAACACUCUACAGCACUAAGGACAAAAUUCCUCUCUAUUCAGCUUUUAAAUAUACCAAAGCAGCCCAAAGUGAGGAGGAGGACUGGCUGGUUGAACCGCAGAUAGAUGAUCCAGAAAAUGACCUGCAGGAGAUGGUGCACGAAGCUGAUAUUGCUGGCUCCGUGGCCAGCCUUGGUGCAAAUCAAGCCCUGACCUCGGACUACGUGGGCUCUGGUUAUGAGAGAGGGCUGCUGAAUCCCAGCUUGCUAAAUGAGAAGGAUUUCCAGAUGGCCACUUACACGCUCACGAAUGCUGUCCCUCUGAGCCCAUUGCACAGCAAAAGCUGGCACAGAGACAUCAGGAGGGUAGUGGAGGAGGCUCUGGUCCCUCAUUGCUCCAAGAAGGAUCAUCUCUACCUCCUUGCAGGUGCAAUUCCUUCCAAYGUCCUGGUUAAUGGCAAGGUGUCAGUGCCAGAGACCCUGUGGCUGGCAGCCUGCUGUGAUGCUCCAGAGGGAUGGUCCUUAGCACUGGUGAAGAAAGUGAAAGAGGAAAACAGUCUGGCAGACCUAGYGGUGGGAGAGCUGGAGCAGCAGCUUCCAGCAGGAGUUCAGUUGUUCAAGGGCAACUGUGGGGAAGAUAACCCAAGUCAGGAGAAAAUGGAAGCAGUGCUGCAAGCAGUUGCUCUGAUCCGCUCUGGAGAGCAAGGAGGAACAAGUGACAACCAGGAGGCCAAGGACAGUGGCUUUGUGCGAAAAGUGGCUGGCAUCAUUGCCACCCCCUUCAUCAAACUCCUGGAACUCCUCAUCUACGUGUUCGUGGAGCUGGUGAAAUUUGUGUUUCGCUUUCUGUGGCUUGUGGUCAAGCAGGUGGUCAGUACUGUUCUGAAUGGAGUCAGCAACCUGUGGAACGGGGUGGUUUUCUACCUCACGGAGAUCAGCAAGGUGCUCAUCAGCAUCCCCUGUGAUGUGGGGAAGGUCAUCGUCAACAUCCUGCAGGGUUUUUGGGGAAUUGUUCAAGAUGUUGCACUGAUCACGUACAAGGUCCUGAGCAUCCCCAUGGGAUUUGUCCUCCACCUUGCUGCUUUCCCCUAUUACACCAUCUGUGCCAUCCCCUCCCUCCUCAAAGACAUAGCCACUGGGAUCGGUGGCACCUUCUCGCUGGUUAUUGAUGCCAUGGGCACCCUUCUGCAUGGCUUUUACUACCUUGCUGCUCACAUAAUCAAAAGGUUUGUCCCUAAGGGCUCCUCUGAUGACUGAUGAAAAUUAAAAAUCAAAGCUGCAAAGACAAAAAGCGGAACAGGAGUGGGGUAAUGCUUUAAGAUACGUGGCCAAAUGCUGUCAAUUCUGUUCUGAUAUUUAUUGUAGUGACAUUAAUAAUAAUGAACAAAUUGGGGAGUAACAGGGAGGGCCAAGGUAACUUCACUUCGGGACACCACCAUUGUAACUUAAGUUCUACCUAUUUUAAAGUAUUUGAGCUUUAUGACUGUGGGUCACAGAGCUUCUGUGAUUUGUGAAUGUCAAGUUGUUUCCUCUGGGAGAUACCUUCUUACUGUGGUACAAAGUUAUUUCUUUCCAACUAAGAUAACACUUGGACCUAUGCACUGGCACGAACUCUGCAGAACCACAUUCCUGUUAGGGAGAAGAGGGUAGUAAGGGGAGGAUUUUAGUUGCAAAGUUUAUUUUUAAUCAUGGAGAAAGGAAAAUGAUGUUAAGGGUGAAAGAACUAGAGGGUUGGUAAAUGGUGGGGAAUGGUAGGCAGCAGGGAGGGAACAUGGGGCUAAAUUCUGCUGUUUGUUGCACUGCUCAUUUCACUGGGGUUCCACUGGUGGAGCCCAGGGAAGAGCUAGGCUGGGGGUAUUUUAUCUGAUAGUUCUCGAGCCUUGGCCUUUCAAGGCAGCUGAAAUCACAUGGGUCUUGUUUUGAGGAAAUACCAGCUGCCAAUUCUUUCAUGUAGUGGGAAAAUACUUUCCCUUAGCCAUACUAAGCUCACUUUCUCCAAACCAUUCCUUGCUCUUUGGUGACCACUAAAGGUCUAAAUUCCAAAGUCCUUGUUCUAGCUGGCCUGCUCCAAAGUCCAGAWGUGAGAUGUGAGUCAGGCUUUUGGCUUUAAUUCAGGGGCCCAUGUUUCAGUUACCGACCUGUCUUGCCUCCUUUUAGAGCUGACACUUCAAAUAUACAACAGUGUUUAUGUGCCUGAGAUCUGUGCGAGAUGAUACCCAGGCUGGAAAGCAGCAGUGUCACAGUCAUCCUUCUUAGGCAUGCUCUGGAUGUGCUCCCAUGGGGAAAAUGAUCCCACAUUUUCCUCCGAGACAGUGGAAAAGUGGCCCUGCCUUUCUCGCUUGUCUAGAUCAGAGCACCAGUGAAAGUCCUUAGGAACAAGGAGACAAGGAACACAGGAAAGAUAUGCGGGGAAUUUUGCUGCUUUCACACUGAGGGCUGUCAUGUUUUUCUAAACUCCACRUGGAGAGCAGGCAGCCUAGAGCAUGGGCAGGACUCUGUGCUAGGAAAGGUAGGUGGUUCUCAUUGGAGCUGUGUUACUUCCCAGCAAAUUGAGUUAUCUGAGGAUCCAGACCUGUGCCAUGCCCAGAACUUGGAGGAAGUUAGUCCUGGCAUCGGGAGGGGAAUGGCAAAAGGAAUGGAAGGCUCAUGGCAAGUUAGUUACACUUGGAGGUCCUGCUGGCACUGAUGUGGCAGGCAGAGGACUCCUGAUCCAAGACAAGGAGAAAGGUCCACAUGGCCCUCAGUGCCCAGCUCAAACAGAAUYCUAGCAGCUCAGCCACUGGUAGAUCUGGGCAUCCUCUGGGCAUAUUUACUUUCUGAAACUGAGAAGGGAAAAGUGGUUGUGUUGCCCCUCUCUCAUGUGAGGAUCAUUGACUGCGAAGAGGAAGAAGAGGCGAGAGGGAGACCUAGAGCACAGCACUCAUUCUCUUGCAUACCAACCUCCCUAGUUAGCCCGUAACUCUCUCCACAAGCACUUGUUUGUGCCGGGAGGGGACACAGCCCCUGUUCCUUACUGCUUCACCAGAAAUAACGCAGCCCUCUCCGAUGGCAGCUGGGACUCCUGGGCACUGCCCACAUCUGAGACACCAAAGCUGGGGUGUGUAUGGGGACUUCGCAGGGAGCAGCCACCCGUUAUCCCACCCCGGCCGCGCAGUCACAGCUGAGAGGGGAGCAGAAACUCGUGUCGAUGGCAGAGCAGGGCACUGUGGCACUGCUGUUCCCCAGGGCGCCACUCAGCUCUGCUCCCUCUUCCCUCUUCAUGUUGAUCUGCUCCCUGUGCUGUGGACACCACCCGCACUGUGCUGCUCGCGACUAACCCCGAGCUACAGAUACCCCAUUCCUCAACAAGGCACCUUGGCUUCUCUCCCUCCUACUGAAUAAAGAAGGGGCUGAGCUGAAGAGAGCGGGUUCAGGGGGGCAGGAAGAGCUGAGUGGCUCCCACCGGCGUGUCCUCAGUGCGCCGCCAUUUCCUUGCUCACCUCACGGGGUGGGCGCCRCAGGCCGCCCUGCCUCCGCGCCCCCUAACAGCCAGCCCUGGCAGCGCUGCUGGAGCCGCCCCGCGGUGUCCCCUGCCACCGAGGCCACAGGGCAGCCCAUGGGCCCAGCCCAAGCUCAGGGGAAUUCGGGAAGAAGGAGAGGCCUCCUUGGCAGUGGUGUUGGACUCCCUCGAAAUGGAGGGCAACUUUUGCGUGUCAGGAGAGUCUAAUCAGCCAGACCCAACAGUGUUUUACACUCUGGUCCUUUUCCCUGAAGCUCCCGGUUGGUACAGGGAUUUUGGAUGAGAGGCAAGUUCCAAGUUGCUGCUCCCAGCAGUCAGAAAACAGCCCYCGGCUGCCUAGGAAAACUCUUUCCAAUCCAAAUGUUGCUUCUUUGCAUACCUGAAUGUGCCUUCCCUUCCCUCCGGCCACAGGGCCAGCUGUUGAGUCUGGUCUUGACAGACCUGGGUUUCUGCUCCUUUUUGGGAGUGAGGAUGCGUCAGCAGAUGAGUGAGAUCCUGCGAGCUGGGCUCUGCUCUGGGGGUGUGUGACAGCAGCCCCGGGAAGGAGAGCAACAAGCUCAGGUGUCAGGAGCCGUGACCGGAGCAUCAGUGCAGGAGAGCCAGGGUCCCACAGGAGGGCACACGCCUUGGUUGUUGCUGCAUCACUUGAGCUGCAGUUGGAGGCAGCUGCGGUGCACAUUGCAGCCUCUCCCAUGGCCUGUGCACAGCCCCUGGCUGGCCACUUGUCCCAGCACAACCAGCACGAGCAGCGCACGGUGACCACGGUGCCCUGGGAGCUCAUGUGUGGUGGCAGCAAGGACGAAAUACUGCAGCACACGUGGAGGUCACACAUCUCCAUCCCCAUUGCCACCCAGCCCGGCUGAGUUCGGGCCAGCCCGCAAGCUUCUCUGUGCUGCUCAUGAUUCAUGUUGAUCGUGAUGAUUCUGCUGCAGCCACGGUUUUUGCUUGCAGGCUGGGCAGUCCUUUAAAUCUAGGGGUCUGCAGUGCUGUAGGACUUGGGCAGAGGUUGAGUGAUACAAUUAAAAUUGUUUUAGCAUGCUCAGGUUUCAAACACUAAAGAACACAACCAGCACAGGUCAUUUUUUCUCUUGUGCUGCAUGUCUGAGCAGGUAAUAGGAAAUUGACCUAAAACACUGAGUAAUUAUUACAGAACAAGCAACAUCCUGCUAUAAACUAACUAUUAUUUGAGAUUAUCAUUGCCUCGGCAUGACUUACAGCUUGUGAGCUCUAUU